CCUAGCAUGAAAUCGACAUAAAACACGAAAAUCGACUCUCAAAAGGUUCAAGAAUGGUGGUCAAAACAUGUGCAAAUGAUGGUCUAUCACUAAACAACCUCCCACCUCGUUCAAUCUCCUCAUGGGACGAUCUUCUCAACAAAUUCAUGACCCGCUACUACCCGCCUUCGAAGACGGUAGAGUGGAGAAAGAAGAUCACCCAUUUCAAGCAAGAGGAAGACGAGACCUUGAGUGAUGCUUGGGAGAGAUUCUCCGAUUACUUUCUUCAAUGCCCUCACCAUGGGUUCGAGGAACAGUUUCGGAUUGAAACUUUCUACGGUAGUCUAAUCAAAGAAGACAUGAUUCUCAUUGACUCAUUAUGUCAAGGGAAAUUGAUGAAUAUGACUCCACCGCAAGUGACCAAAUUGCUCGAGGACAUGGCCCUCAAAGGGUACGAUUGGGGUUUGACAAGGAGCGAGAGAAAAAGUAAUGAUAGGGGAGUGAGAAGCGUGGGAGCGAGCGCUCCACUUGAGGCAAAGUUGGACAAGUUGAUAGAGGUAAUUCUUGAAGAUAAAAAGCAAGGAAAGAGACCGGUGAUGUCUUGUGAUUGGUGUUCAAGCACUAACCAUGAGAUGGCGGAGUGCCAAGAAAUGAAGGAGGCAACCACUCUGGAGGAGCAAGUCAAUUUCGUGGCAAAUGCUAGGGCCAACAACCCGUAUAGCAAUACUUAUAAUCCCGAAUAGAGGAAACACCCAAAUUUUGCUUGGGCAUCACCGAAUAAUCCGAGGCCUCGGGUUUUCAAGGCCCAACGGGAAAUUACCAACCUCGGCCGACCUUCAUCCAACAAAGGCCUCAAGUCCAA